CCUUGGGUAACGCCGUCUAGCGAGCUUGGGAACCGUGCGGGCCUGCCUUUGACACGUACAGUGAAACGCGUAACGCCUGCCCGUGUGUGCCAGCGCUGGCCGAUAGGGGCAAUGAGUCGGACACAACGCACACAAUAAUACGGCCGAUUUGGACGAGAGAUGCUUGUCCGGUAACUGACGCGUUUGAAAGAAUCCGCCAUCAACCGCAAUCAACUUUGUCGUUCAGCCCGCCAACCGAAAAAGAAACACCUCCUAGGAGAGGGAGUUCCUCUGGAGCGUGAGCACCCCCCGUGCGUGCGUAUGACCGGUAGCAGAUAUUCCCGCCGUGCAGUGAAACCCAAAGCAAGCGGCUGUUAUCUGGUACGUUUCCUUACACUACGUACCGGAUUCCAGAUACACUUUUCGUUUCCGCUUUCCUCCGUCCAGUCUAGUGAUGGGAGCUCGGAAUCGGACCUAUCCGAUUCCGAUUCCGUGUUAGGAACCAAUUUCGGAACCGAUUCCGAUGCUGGAAUCGAAUUCGGAAUCGGAAUCGUCCUGGGAAUCACAAUUUGCUCCUGAAAAGGAAUCAGAAUUGAAAUAAGCUCCGGGAUGAGAAUCAGUUAUCUUGUAUUGAAAUAAGAUAUUUCAGAAGCGAAAUUAGUCUGGCAAUUUCUAUGAUGGCGUUCACAAGUAAAUUUGGAUUUGGCUCCGGAAUCGGCACCGGAAUAGGCUUCGGAAUCGGCUCCGAAAUCGGAAUCGAUUCCAGCAACGGAAUCAGCCCCGAAAUUGAUUACGAAUACCAAAAAUCGAUUAAAAUUCCGGAACCGAUUCCGAUUCCAAAACCAAUUCCGGAACCGAUUCCGAUUCCAAAACCAAUUCCGGAACCGAUUCCAAAAUCGAUUUCGAUACCGGAACCGAUUCCGAUUCUGAACCUACUUCGGAAUUGAUCAGAAUAGACUCCAGAAAUGGAAUUAGCUCCGGGAUGAAAAUCAGUUCUUGCAUUGAAAUAAGAAGUUUCAGAAGCGAAAUCCGUCCGGGAAUCUCCAUGAUGGAUGGAUCGUUCACAAGUAAUCCAAAUCCAAACAAUCAAAAUUGUUUGCGGCUAUCAAUACGUUGCAUCAUUGGGCCCAAACACCAUUAUUAUGGAGAUGCCGAAACCGACCCCGAUUUCGAAGCCGAUUCUGAUUCCGACUCCGAAACCGAUUCAAAUUUCGGAUCCGAUUUCGAUUCCGAAACCAAUUCUGGAACUGAUUCUAAACCCGAUUUUGCUUUCCGGAACCUAUUCCAAAACCUAUUCCGAUUCCGAAACAGAUUCCAAUUUUGAAAUCGAUUCCGACUUCAAAAUCGAUUCCGAUUCCUGAGCCAAUUCCAAUUUCGGAACCGAUUUCGAUUUCGGUACCGAUUCCAAUUCCGGACCUACUAUCAGGAAUCGAUUCUAGAAAUCUUUGAAGCUAGCCGAAAUCGAUUCCGACGAAAACUUCAUUUUCCCAUCACUAAUUGCCACUAAUUGCUAAUUUGAAUCACACAAAAACUAAUUGCCAAAUCUGCAUCUCCUCCCCCGGCCGUUCCAGAGCGGCGGUGCGCCCCAACACGAGCAGGGCAAAUCCGGCAUGUCGUGCGGCGCACCGGGCAGGAGCUUCGCACUCGGCAGCAGGUUCGCAACCGGCACCAGCUAAAAGAUGACGAUCAUCGUGUUCCUGGUGGACACGUCCGCCUCGAUGUGCCAGCGGGCGCUGGUGAACGGUGUGCAGAAGACGUACCUCGACAUCGCCAAGGGUGCGGUGGAAACGUUCCUCAAGUUCCGGCAGCGAUCGCAGGACUGCAUGGGCGACCGGUACAUGCUGCUCACGUUCGAGGAUCCGCCGAACAACGUGAAGGCGGGCUGGAAGGAGAACCACGCCACCUUCAUGAACGAGCUGAAGAACCUGCAGAGCAACGGGCUGACGUCGAUGGGCGAGGCGCUGAAGAACGCGUUCGAUCUGCUCAACCUGAACCGGAUGCAGUCCGGCAUCGACACGUACGGACAGGGCCGGUGCCCGUUCUACCUCGAGCCGUCCGUGAUCAUCGUGCUGACCGACGGCGGUAAGUACGCGUUCCGGAACGGGGUGCACCAGGAGAUCAUACUGCCGCUGCACGCCCAGAUGCCGGGCACGAAGCUGACGAAGGAGCCAUUCCGGUGGGACCAGCGGCUGUUCUCGCUGGUGCUGCGCAUGCCGGGCAACCGGGUGGAGGAGCGGGCGGACGGGAAGGUGCCGCACGACGACUCGAUGAUCGAGAAGAUGUGCGAGGUGACCGGGGGCCGGUCGUACAAGAUCAAGUCGCACUACGUGCUGAACCAGUGCAUCGAGAGCCUGGUGCAGAAGGUGCAGCCGGGCGUGGUGAUCCACUUCGACCAGCUGAUCGCGAACGGGGGCGACGGGGGCGGCGCGUCCGAGCUGCAGUUCCAGUCGACCAAGCGCAUGAUCUACGUGCCGAAGCAGCACCCGUCGCAGAAGACGUUCCCGGUCGGCUACUGGCCGAUACCGGAGCCGUACUGGCCGGACCCGAAGCUGACCAGUCUGCCGCCGCGCGACGCCCACCCGAAGAUCAAGAUCAUCUCGCCGUGCUGCGACGAGCCGCAGGUACUGCGCAACUUCCCGAUCGACAAGUACGAGCUGGAGGCGAGCCCGCUCACGCUGCAGAUCCUGUCGAAGAAGGAGUCGAACAAGGUGUGGCCGCUGAUCGUGUCGACCGGGAUGCAGGGCGAGAUGCCGUUCGGCUACCUCAAGCCGAACAGCACGCUGCCGAUCGUGCACCUGUACGUGCUGCCGUACAACUACCAGAUGCUGCUGCCGCUGAUCAACGAUCUGUUUCACAAGUUCAACCUGAACCCGCCGAACGACUGGGUGUACAAGUUUACCAACUACGUCAAGACGAUCCCGCAGUACUACUGUCCGUUCCUGCGGCGGGCACUCGCCACCACCCCGAACGUGCCGUAUCAGCUGGUGCAGUACAUACUGCCGGAGAAUCUCGACAGCUACCUGUGCCCGGCGGUGGCCAACUAUCUGAAGCAGAUGAAGAACACGGCCAAGCAGGACCAGGAGAAUCUGUGCCUGCGCGUGCUCAAGCAGCUGAAGCAGCCGAAACCGGCCUACCAUCAGCUCGAGACGGCGAAGCUGACCGGCGGCCAGCAGCUCAAGCGCGACAUCGUGACGCACCCGAUGCUGAAGGACACGUUCACCAAGAUGCACAUGGAGAUUGCCAGCUUCGACAGCUACACGAUCGUGAUACCGUCGAUCAUACAGACGGCGGCGACGAAAAACUACCGCAACCCGUACGACAUUCCGCGCCGCGACCUGAUUGACGAGAUUGCCCGGAUGCGGGAGAACUUCUUCCACCUGCCGACGAGCGGGAUCCACGUGUUCACCAAGGAUUCGGGCCACUGUCUGCCGAUCUCGGACAUGGGCAACUACCAGGAGUAUCUGAAGAACAAGGAGACGCCGCUCCGCGAGCUCGAGCCGACGAACGUGCGGCAGCACAUGUUUGGCAACCCGUACAAGAAGGACAAGAACAUGGUGAUGGUGGACGAGGCGGACCUGAACGAUCUCGCCCCGAUGAAGGCGAGCGGGCUGCCGGGCCCGCACCCGGGCAGCAGCCACAUGAAGAAAAGCCUCGAGCAGGGCACGGUGACGCGGGUGAGCCGGAAGCGCAAAGCGGGUCCGAUCCGGAAGGACUACGUGUUCAAGCGGUCCGCGAUGGAGCUGGCCAGCAGCAGCAGCAGCAGCGGCAGCAGCAGCGCGUCCGGCUCACUGUCGGGGGACGAGUCGAGCAUCGGCGACCCGCUGCUGACCGACGACGAGAGCGGUUCCGAGCUUAGCGGGUCCGGCAGCGACACCGAGGACGAUACCGAGGGCUGCCUGGUGAUGGCGCUCGACCCGCUCGACGACCCGCCCGGGGAGCUGGGUGUGCCGAACCACCACCGCGAGCCCCUGCCCGAGGGGGCCGGUGUGGCUGGGGGAGCGGCGGCGCCAACGGAAGCCACGGCGACGACGGCGACGGCGGCAGCACCGGGCGGAACUGGAGCGCACCCAAGCAUGGCGGAGGUGGCGGUGGCCGAGGUGAAGGUGGUAAUACGCCGUGCCGGCUCGCCUGGCAUCGUCGGCGAGAAGGAGCAGUCCCGAGCGGACGAAAGCGUCGCUUACUCGCCCAAAAAGCAAACGCACGAGCAGCAGCAGCAGCCCGACAGUAAGGUUGGUGCGCACGUGGCCGAAGCGGAGCCGGCAAAGAAGGUAGACAGGGACGCAACCGAGCCGGUGAGUGUGGACGGUGCGGGAGAGCGAGACGACGGGAAGAAGGAGAGCCUGCUGGUUGAGAGGGAGGAGACCGACGUCUUGGAGGAGAUGGAGCAGGAGGGCGAGGAGACGGCCGAGACAAACGUGCGGCAAGCGGAGCAGGUCGCGGAGCAGGCAAUUGCACCUAGACCGGACGGCAGCACGGACGGUGGGGUGAAACCGCACAUCGAGCUUACGGAACAAAGGGAGCGCAUGGUGGUGGAGCAGGCCGAGCAAGCGGCGGAAGAAGCGAAUGUACCGAUGGGAGCGCUGGGAGAGGAGCAGGCGGCGGCGGAUGGGGCUGCAUCGCCACGCCCGGAAAGCGUCCAGGCGGACGAUCAUAUCGACACGAGCCACGAGCGGGUACGAGCGGAAGCGGAGCAAAGUGCGGCGGUACGGUUACAAGCGGACCAGACGGUGCAGCCGUCGCCGAGUGCGGCCGCGGAGGAGCCAGCGCACAGCGACGCAAUGGAAGUGGACGCGGAGCCUGAUCGGGCUGCGGUGGAGCCAGCACUACGGGCGGAGGAGCCGAAGCAAGCGGCGGAUCCGCUGGCUGAGCCUACCAAGUCGCUGACGGAGCCCGCAGUUUCGGAGCCCGCACCCCAGCUGCAAGCACAGCCGCAAGAGCAGCGGCCAACGUCCCGCCAUGCGUCGGUAGUGCAGUGGGGGAUGGAGGCGAGUGCGGCGGACGCAGCGGACGUACUGCGGAUGCAGGAGCAGGAACAGCAGGAGCAGCAGCAGGAGCAACAACAGCAAGAGCAGCAACAUGAGCUGCAGCAGGAGGAGCAACAGGAGGAGCAGCAGCAGCAGCAGCAGCAACAAAUGCACGAGCAACGGCCAGCAGCACCGUCCCGCCAUCCGGCGGUAUCGCAAUGGAACCUCGAGGCCGGCAACGACCUGACGGACGUGCUGAAAAUUUCCAACAUCCUCAAAACCUGCCACAACGGUAGCGACAGCGACCGCGGCAAGGACGGCCAUUACGAUGACGGACCGCCGACCGACCGGCCGACCGUCAUCAGCAGUACGAACAGUGGCGGUGCGCACCAGGCGGGCGGAGGCACUGCCCCCGAUACCGAGCCGGUGAUGGUGCUGGCGAACGGGCUCGUCUCGGCCGCGAUGAACGGCGGGUGUGACGGUGCGGUGCAGCCGACGCUCAACUGGUACUACCCUCACGCGCUCUACGCGUGCGUCGAGGACGAGCAGGAGCUGGAGCGCAUCGAGGAGACGAACCUGCGGACGCGCUCGAUCGUGUACCGCGACAUCCGGCGGCCGGGCCGGGACUACGCCCAGCUGCUCAAGCAUCUCGAGCUGGUGGAGGGCAGCCGAGCGACGCGCAAGCACUUCGUGGACGCGUGCGUGCAGGAGGCGCGCCGGUUCCGGCGCCACCGGAUGGUGGAGUGCAUACAGGAAUGGUGGGCCCGGUCGCACGCGGCAACCGGCAUGAAGCGGUCGCGCCACAAGCAGCAGCAGCAGCAGCAGCAGGAGGGCGACGGCGGUUCGACCAACACGUACUACGCGUACGGCAACAGCGACGGGCUGCUGGAGGACGAGCAGGAGCACGCCCUCACGCCGGACAAUCUGUUCUUUGCGCACGAUGCCGGCGCGUCCGCGUACGGCAGCAGCAGUGAGACGUACCGCAGCACGACACCGCCGGGUGCGGCCGCCUACCUGAACAACAGCAUCGGCGGCCCGUACGGGACCAUUGAAUUUAGUCAUAACAAUCACUUUGCGGAGGCGGUGCACGUACCGUUCUCCUAGCUCGUUGGUGGAGCGGUGCAUCCGCGCACCACCCUUUAGUUUCAUUCGUUUGCGACGCCAGUCAACGCCAGUAUCAACUAAUGCAGCCGGUUUCGGGCAGGGUUUGACGCGGCGGCUUGGUGCAAUAGUUCCAAUCAAUCCAGUGCAAUAUUAUUGCAAUAAUUCUGUGGCGGUGCGGCAACGCUCCUGCAUUGCCAACCGGCUGCAGCGAUUCGGUACAUUGCACCGGUCGGUUUGUCUGUGAAACGCCCCGGCCCACUGCGCCAAGGGAUGACUGCGCCAGACGGAGAAAUGCUCAGUAUGUUUGGUUUAUUGUGUGCGAGUUGCUUUACUAUAAUUUUACUUUUAAACUUUUGCGUUUCUGUAGGCGUACACCGUAACAGGCGCUUUUUUUAUUCGUUUCUUUUUUCUUCCCCCACCCCCCUUUCCCCUUCUUGAUUGUGCUUGAAGUGCUCCACACCAUUGAAGCAAUCACGCCCUUAUUAUAAAUGACUCGAAACCCUCCCCGCUAUCGGGCUUGGUGGUAUCGUCUUAUCGCUAAUAGUGAUGGGAGCGCUGUGGAGCGGCUACGAUUCCGAGUGGGUCACAGUCGGAGCUGGGCGUGGAACCACUCCGGCCAGCUCCGAACGAUACCGACCGAACGUACGCUCCCGAGCCGAUUCCAGCAUGUUGGGAGUUGGGAGGAGCGGAUUUUUGGCUUUUGCUUUGCGAACAGUACCCUCGCCCUCCCUUCACGGUAUCCCUGUACUGGCUGGCUAUCAGUGACUUAAUAAUCGAUCCUAUACAGCCGGCUAGCUAGUUCUGUGCGCGCGGUAACGCCCUGCUGAGCGAGCUGUACAGCUCGAAAGAGGAUGAGUGUUGCCGUGCCGCAGAACGAGGUAAUAUACGAAGCAAUAUACAAACUGUGUAAUAUGUUUUCCAUUUUUGGUUGAUGCCCCGCCCCCCGAUUUUAAUACGUCUUUUAACUUUAUUUUUAUACGUCUUUUAACUAAGUGUAGCGUUAACUUAAACAGUACUUUUAUGUAUCAUUCUUUGGAUCGCUGUACGCUAUCAAAGACCUAGAAAGGAAAAAAAUAGAACAAUAAGCUAAAAUUACUACAUCUA